UGCAGCGGGGAGGCGGGUUGCUGCACCCCCACCUGUUGCAGCGGCCAGGGCCGCGCGGGCUGCGGAGAUGGGCCGUUACUCCGGCAAGACGUGCCGGCUGCUCUUCAUGCUGGUGCUCACGGUGGUCUUCUUCGUGGCCGAGCUGGUGUCGGGCUACCUGGGCAACUCCAUCGCGCUGCUCUCGGACUCGUUCAACAUGCUGUCGGACCUGAUCUCGCUGUGCGUGGGCCUGGGCUCCGGCUACAUCGCGCGGCGCGGGGCCCGGGGCUCGCGCGCCACGUUCGGCUAUGCGCGGGCGGAGGUGGUGGGCGCGCUCAGCAACGCCGUCUUCCUCACGGCGCUCUGCUUCACCAUCUUCGUGGAGGCCGUGCUGCGCCUCGCGCGGCCCGAGCGCAUCGACGACCCGGAGCUGGUGCUCAUCGUGGGCACCCUGGGGCUGGCGGUCAACGUGGUGGGCUUACUCAUCUUCCAGGACUGCGCCGCCUGCUUCUCCUGCUGCGCCCGGGCUCGCCGCCACCGCCCGCCGCCGCAGCCGCUGCACCGGGGCAGCCCGGGUGGAGCUUUGGGGGGUCCUCAGGGGACUGCGACCCCGACAGCCCCCGGCACGGACUCAGCGGUGACCCUCCGGGGGGCCUCGGUUGGAAGAAAAGAGCAGGAGGGCGCGACCGUGUUCUCAAAUGUAGCAGGUGAUUCCCUGAACACCCGGAAUGAGCCAGAAGAGACAACGGAAAAGCUGAAAAAGUCCGAAGCCCUGAAUAUCAGAGGUGUUCUUUUGCAUGUGAUGGGAGACGCCUUGGGGUCUGUGGUUGUAGUCAUCACGGCCAUCAUAUUCUAUGUCCGUCCCCUGGGACGUGAAGACCCGUGUAACUGGCAAUGCUACAUUGACCCCAGUCUGACUGUUGUCAUGGUCAUCAUUAUUUUGUCAUCUGCCUUCCCACUCAUAAAGGAGACUGCUGUCAUCUUGCUGCAGAUGGUCCCCAAGGGAGUCAACAUGGAAGAUCUGAUGAGCAAGGUCGAUGCAGUGCCUGGAAUUAGCAGCAUGCAUGAAGUGCACAUCUGGGAACUUGUGAGUGGGAAGAUCAUCGCCACCCUGCACAUCAAGUACCAGAAGGACACGGGGUACCAGGAGGCCAGCAGAAAGAUCAGAGAAAUCUUCCACAGUGCAGGAAUCCACAAUGUGACGAUACAGUUUGAAGCCGUGGACUUGAAGGAGGCCCUGGUGCAGAAGGACUUCCUGUUGAACUGCAGCACCCCCUGCAUCUCUCAGAGCUGCGCUAAGAAGCUGUGUUGCCCCCCAGGAGCGCUGCCACUGGCUCACGUCAACGGCUGUGCAGAGCACAAUGGUGGACCAGCUCUAGAGACAUACCGAAACAUAAGAGAUGCCCCAGAAGUGGCCAUUGAUGUGGUUUUGGAUGGUUGUGUGAGGGACCACGGACAAAGCCUCAGUAAAACUCAGGAGGAACAAUGUUAUGAAAACAGUACUCAUUUUUAGUCUGGUACCCACAUAGAAUCAGACUAGGUAGACAAGCACUUUGGAAUCACCAGCUCGACUUGUGGGAAGAGCUUUGUGGGUUGUGGGCUCUAACUACACUUGGUGUGUGCACUCUGUGUCAGUACAGGUUGGGUGUUGGGGACAUGGGUGAAGUAUACCUGUUGAUUGUCAUGUGGACUAACCCCUUCCCAUUACCCUUGGUAGCUCAUGCUGCUCUGCACCAGCUUUAGUUUGAACGUGCAUUUUCUAAGGUGAACUGCACUAAUGUUGUAUAUAUCAGGGAUGUUGAGGGCUCAAACUCGAUGACUGUGGGCACUGGAUUCAAAGUCAUUCUUGUUUUUCUUGUGGUGCUGGGGAAUUGAAUCCAGGUCCUCAUGUAUGUUAAGUAAGCUCUGUUAAUGAGCUGCACCUUUUAAGCCUUGUUUUUAAACUGAUCAGAACUUCUAGCAGACUCUCUGAGCUCAUAGACUAAGUGUGCCAAAAAAACUGACACACCAGAAUGGCUGUGCUCUCUCCCGUUUCUGUCCAAGAUCGUCAAAGAUAAAAGUAAGGCAUUUGUGGCACUGCAGACGUAUAUUUGCUUAGUUUUGGUUUUGGAUAAUGCAAAAUGAACAUGUCAAAUAAAGGUGGGAAAAAAGAAUGUAUUAGGGUAGAAAAUGUCCUCAGAGCAUUAGAGGAGGUAGAAUUUUCUGGGGUGGUGAGAAAAAAUGGGUUUGGGCUCUCCAUUUUGUGAGGUGCGAAGUGAGUAAUGUUUACUUUCUACUGGGAACUGAACUGCAGCUAUAGUGUGUUUUAACUAUACACUACAUUCUUUCCAUGUGGCAGUGCGAGGUUACACUGCUGCCCCCUUAAAUGCUCCUCCAUACAUACUUACUGUCUUUGAGAGUCUCCAGGAAGAAUUGCUGUCAUUUAGUGUUCAGAUAAUGGUUUUCUUGUCUGAAUGUUCUUAGCGCCUUCUUUUGUAUGACCGUGUUGAUCAAAGCAGCAUUGCCAGGGGAAAAAGAAUAUUCCUGGGUCAGAAGACGUGCCAUUGGGUACCAAUUCCUGCCAAAUAAAUAAGCUAGGCUGUCUUUCCUGUAAUUAAAAAUAUUUUAAAGUAUUUAUUAUAGUUGACAACAACUAACUGGAUGGAGAAGUUGAUUUCCAAAGGAGAAAUAAAAAUUAAUUUGAUUGCUACUUUCAAUAUAUUUGGAGGAGCUUAGAAUUUUAUGUCUCUGCCCGGUAUUACCAAGUACAAAUAAAUUGAUCAGAAUCUGAUUCAGACACAUAACUGAACCA